AUGGCAUCCAGUAGUAAGAUGGACCGUGGUCUUGACGAGAUCAUUGCCGAUAACCGCAGCAAUGCCCCUCGCAAUAGGCGCAAUGGCGGCGGUCCAACUGGUCGCCGUCGCGGUGGCGAUCGUCAAGAGACUCCCCGAGAUGGAGUAAGAAAGGUCAGAGAGGAAACAACACCGGGCGCACCAUCUGCUUCCUGUAUAUCCGUCAUGUUCGCUUCUAACAUGCAGAAUUUAGGUUGCACAUUCCUCCCUCUAGCCUCACUCCUUUUUGGCGCCGGCACUUCGUCCUUCACGACCUCUCGAUCCGUACUCGGAGCGUCUUACCGAAACGAACCCAGGAAUCUUGAUGGGGAAUGGGUUCAUGAUCGAUACGAAGAGAACAGUUAUCGCAAAGCUCCUGCCCCUCGUCGCCGUCAAGCAUCUCCCGAAGCUGAAGCUCCAGGGAGCAAACUUCGAGUAGAAAACAUCCACUAUGAUCUUACCCAGGACGACCUCGAGGAACUGUUCAAGCGUAUUGGGCCUGUCACAAAGCUACAACUUCGGUACGACCGGGCCGGACGGUCAGAUGGAGUCGCGUUCGUGACCUACGAGACCAAGGCAGACGCUGAGCAGGCAAUUCGCGAGUUCGAUGGAGCAAACGCGAAUGGACAACCGAUUCGCUUGACGUUGCUUUCCGAGCGCCGGGGUCGCAACCCAUUCGACUCCGCCUACAUGCCUGGUCGACCUCUAUCGGAGAGAAUCACGGCGCCGGACGGUCGAGCUCGGUCCCAAUCUCCCCAAGGGAGGUACUCGAGAGAAGACGCGGCUCGAAGGGGAAUUGAUAGGUACAUCCCGGGCGAGGGAUCUGGAAACAGGUCAAGAAGCCCAGCUCCUAGACGUGGCGGGCGCCGCCCGGGUGCUCGCCGCGAGCCCGGUCAGGGUCGCGGGAGAGAAGGUGGCCGUGAGGCUCGUGGCAACCCACGCUCCAAGAAAACCCAAGAAGAGCUCGACGCAGAAAUGGCGGACUAUUUCGGCGGAAACGGCGACGCUGCGCCAGAGGCUACCCAGAGCAAUGGGAACGCCGAUACUACUCAGAAUGCUGCUCAGGCUGCCCAGGUGCCAGCAGAGGACAUCGACAUGAUUGAGUAA